AUGCAUACUAAACAUUAUGGCCGAACUAUUUUCACCAUAUCCAUCGCAGCGUAUUUGGUUUUAGACCAUGUGGGUCUAAUUAAAGCAGCGUCUGAAGUUUCUAAUUAUGAUUUUUGGCCGUCAAAUAUAUUGGGUAAGCGUGCGAUGCAAUUGGUCAGAGACCAUUUGUCUAGAAGACAAGAGAGAAAAAAGUCGAGGAGUUCAAAACAAAUUUGUUAUGACAUGGUCGGAUGCUUCCCUAUACCCCGGACCAAUUAUUCGCCGCUCAUGAAAUCGCCUCAAUCGCCGGACACGGUGGACACGAAAUUCUUGGUGAUGACCCGACAGAAUCGCAGCGAUCUGAUUUUGGUCACGUACGGCGACCGGCACGUUUCUAUGAACAACUCUAACUUCAAGCCCGAACUGCCGACCAAGAUCAUCAUUCACGGGUUCAAAGGCAGCGGACACGACAAGGUGGCAAAACUCCUAGGCAACGCGCUCCUGGACCUGGAAGACGCGAAUGUGAUUUUCGUGGACUGGGAAAAAGGAGCAGCCGGGCCUGGCUACGCGCUUGCGGCCGCCAACACGCAGUUGAUCGGACGUCAGCUGGCGAUAUUGAUCACGGACAUGGUGGCGCUGAACGGUGACCCUGCCAAGAUUCACAUGAUCGGGUUCAGCCUCGGUGCCCACGUGGCGGGUUUCGCGGGCAAGGCGUUGAAACUGAUCGAUAUACGCGUCGGCAGAAUUACAGGUCUGGAUCCCGCGUCCCCGCUGUUCAGACAAAUGUUGUCAGCCUCGCUGCUGUCACUGAGCUCAGACGACGCCGCAUUCGUCGAUGUAGUACACACAGACGGUGCCAGGAUAUGGUCCGAGGGGUUCGGCUUGUUCAACCCGAUCGGUGACGUCGACUACUUCCCGAACGGCGGUCUUGACCAGCCAGGUUGUGAACAAGUCCGCGGUUCGGUAAUCGUAAGCCGGUUCGAGGGAACGAUGAAUUCAAGCGUGGUAUGUAAUCAUCUCCGGGCGUUACAGUUCUUCCUGGAAAGUCUCAAAGCUGUGUCAGAUCCUGACGCAUGUCAGUUUACCACAUUUCCGUGCCCAGCCGGAUGGUCAAUGUUUCAAAGGGGCGAAUGCUUCCCAACAAAUUGCACAGAUUCAAAUUGUGUAACCAUGGGUUUUGCGGAAUCUCAAUCGAAACUCCGUGGUCCACUGUAUUUCACAACUAGAGAUUCAAGUCCAUUUUGUGGGAGACAGCUCAAGGCAUCCGUUUUACUAUCUCCAAAAACAUCUAAGCUUCGAGGUUACUUGCAAAUAUCGUUAGAAGAUGGUGAAAACACGGCAAACUUUAAGCUCCGAACAAAGCAUACGGAUUAUAUUUCUGGCGGACUUCUAGCUGAAGGACUUUCAGUAGCUAGAUAUGAAAAAUCUGUGCAAAGAUAUUUAAAUGUCGAAUUGAGUUUCCAAUCAUUAGCUUAUCAAACUGAAAACGAAAAGCAUGGGCUCAACAGUAUUGUAAAUGUGGUCGUGGACAAAAUAUCCAUUUUUGACACGGAAGGAAACGUAUGGUCUAAUUGUACAGAGAAUUCGAAUUUAAUCCAUGUGGACGGAACAACGAUAUACGCCCAAACGUAUUCACUUUCAUUAUUUGAUGCUUGUUAG